AUGUCUCUGCGGGGACGGGAGGCUGAGCCCUGGGCGGCUGCUGAAGGCGCCCGGGACUGGGGCCUCGAGGGCGAGCCCGCGGUGCCGGGUCUCACGGCCGCCCCCUCCCUUGCAGCGCUCGCCGCGGGAACCCGAGCCGCCAACGCCGCUCGGGAGCGCAGCCGCGUGCAGACCCUGCGGCACGCCUUCCUGGAGCUGCAGCGCACGCUGCCGUCGGUGCCGCCCGACACCAAGCUGUCCAAGCUGGACGUGCUGCUGCUGGCCACCACCUACAUCGCCCACCUCACCCGCAGCCUACAGGACGACGCCGAGGCGCCGGGAGACCCCAGUCUGGGCGCCUUGCGAGGCGACGGCUACCUGCACCCGGUUAAGAAGUGGCCCAUGCGAUCAAGAUUGUACAUCGGCGCUACUGGUCAGUUCCUGAAGCACCCUGCCUCUGGAGAAAAGGCAGAUCAUAGCAACACCCCGACAGCCUCACAGCCAUAGGCUGUCUCCUGGGGGGUCUGCUAGAAGCAGUGGCUAUUGUUUUUAAAGACUGUGAACUAAUUCUGUAUUUAUUACAUUGGACAUGACAAACACUGUUUCUGAAGUUUACAUUGAAACCUGUAGUUGAAGGUCAAAGUGUAUCUGUCUAAAUAAAUGUGGAACGGGAUAAUCAGCCCUAUAUAACAAUAUAUAUAGCUUAUUUAAUCAUCAUAUCACUGCUACAUAGUAAAGAGAAGCCGUUAGGAAAAAUGAAAGCCACACAAAAGCAUAUAGUUGUAUAUACCUAAAGAAUGUACACAUUGCCUUCCACAUUUUUUGUCGUGUGUCUAUUACUUAAAAGCUGAUGUGAAUACAGCCCUUAUGUGUGGUGUUGUGUGUCUGUAAGCCCAGCACUCCAGGACGCAGAGGCAGGCAGAUCUCUGUGUGUUCGAGCCUAGCCUGCUGUAUAUAGAAAGUUCAAGGCUAGCCAGGGCUACCCAGUGAGACCCUGUCUCAAAAAAUAAAUAAAAUGUGUUUAUAUUAGUAUUCAAUUUUUGUGAAAGCCAGUAUGUGCCUUGAGUUGGCCAUUUUAGUUAGUAAGAUCAUUAUUCAGCUGGGCUGUGUGUGUGUACAAAGAUUGUUGCAGUAACUUCUGUCUGUAGUUUUUUCCAAGUAGAAAAUGUAUAUGGAAUAUGAGAAACAAUUUUCUCUAUGAAACAGGAUGUGACCACUUUUCAAGAAGUUGGUCAAUAUUAAGAUCUGACUUGCCGGGCGGUGGUGGCGCACGCCUUUAA